AUGCAGGAAGUAUCCAACUGGUUCGGCAACAAGAGGAUCCGCUACAAAAAAAACAUUGGCAAGUUCCAAGAGGAGGCCAACCUGUAUGCCGCUAAGACAGCCGUGACUGCCGCGCACGCAGUAGCUGCCGCCGUCCAGAAUAGUCAGACCAACUCACCCACCACACCCAACUCCGGAUUCCAGAUGAAAGAUGAAGAAUUUCAGCUGGACUCUGCAGAGAACAAAAACACUCUAUUAACCAACAUGUUCACUGGUUCGUCAGGUUCUUUUAACCUCCUAAACUCGGGGGACAUGUUCAUGAGCAUGCAGAAUCUGAAUGGGGAUUCUUACCAAGGGGCACAAGUCGGAGCCAAUGUGCAGUCACAGGUGGAUACCCUGCGCCAUGUUAUCAGUCAGACGGCAGGAUACAAUGAUGCCCUGGGAGGGAAUCCCAUGUAUAGUCCACAUGGCUUGAAUGUAAGUACAGUCUCAGUCAGCCAUGACUGA